GGCCGGGCGGCGGCGGAAGCGGCGGCGGGGACGGGCCGGGCUGGGACGGGCGGAGCGUCCUGAGGCUCCCGAGGCUCCCGCCGCCCCCGCGCCAGGUCCCGCCGCCCGCAGACCGGGCCCCCGCCGCCACCGGGCCAGGUACCGGCACCGGCACCAUGUCGGUGGCGGGGCUGAAGAAGCAGUUCUACAAAGCGACGCAGCUGGUCAGCGAGAAGGUCGGAGGGGCCGAAGGGACCAAGUUAGAUGAUGACUUCAAGGAGAUGGAAAAGAAAGUGGACCUGACCAGCAAGGCUGUGACAGAAGUGCUGACCAGAACCAUCGAGUACCUCCAGCCCAACCCAGCUUCCAGAGCCAAGCUGACCAUGCUCAACACCAUGUCCAAGAUCCGCGGGCAGGUGAAGAACCCCGGGUACCCCCAGUCCGAGGGGCUGCUGGGGGAGUGCAUGAUCCGCUACGGGAAGGAGCUGGGAGAGGAUUCCAACUUCGGGGACGCGCUCCUGGACGCCGGCGAGUCCAUGAAGCGCCUGGCGGAGGUGAAGGACUCGCUGGACAUCGAGGUCAAGCAGAACUUCAUCGAUCCCCUGCAGAACCUGUGUGACAAGGACCUGAAAGAGAUCCAGCACCAUCUCAAGAAGCUGGAGGGGAGGCGCCUGGACUUCGACUACAAGAAGAAGCGACAGGGCAAGAUCCCGGACGAGGAGCUCCGGCAGGCCAUGGAGAAGUUUGAGGAGUCCAAGGAGGUGGCAGAGACCAGCAUGCACAACCUGCUGGAGACAGAUAUCGAGCAGGUGAGCCAGCUGUCAGCGCUGGUGGACGCCCAGCUGGACUACCACAGGCAGGCCGUGCAGAUCCUGGACGAGCUCGCCGAGAAGCUCAAGCGCAGGAUGAGGGAGGCGUCCUCGCGGCCCAAGCGGGAGUACAAGCCCAAGCCCAGGGAGACCUUCGACUUCAGGGAGAGCGACCAGUCCAACGGGGGCUUCUCCUGCAGCCCUGCCCCCAGACCCUCAGCAGCUUCCGCCUCUUUCCGGUCGGACAAACCAUCCCGGGCCUCCGUCAGGAGUAUCCCCCCCCUGGACCAGCCCUGCUGCAAAGCCCUCUACGACUUCGAGCCCGAGAACGACGGCGAGCUGGGCUUCAAGGAGGGCGACAUCAUCACCCUGACGAACCAGAUCGACGAGAACUGGUACGAGGGGAUGAUCCACGGCCAGUCCGGCUUCUUCCCGCUCAACUACGUGGAAGUGCUGGUCCCGCUACCUCAGUGAAUCCCGCCCAGUGCCCCGAGUUCCAUUCCGGCUCCAGCCCCGCCCUCCCCGCUCACCUCGGGGCCCGGCGCCACCAGGGAACAAACCAGAAGGGUCCCGCGGCCCCUUCCCCCCGUGAAUUUGGUUCUUUUCUUUCCCUGUUUUUUUUUUUUCCUUUGUUUUGGUUUUUUUUUUGUCCUUCUGGUGCUUGAACUUCGGUACUUCUCGCGCCCCCAGCCCCGGCCGUGCCGCCGGCACUGCCCUGUCCCUGUCCCUGUCCCUGUCCCUGUCCCUGUCCCUGUCCCUGUCCCUGUCCUUUGGGUCCAGCGCCCGGAUGAGCCAGGUGGGAGAGCCAGGAUGUGUCCGGGCACAGGGAUGAGGCAGUGGCACUGCCAGGUCACAGGGAUGAGGUGGUGGCACUGCCAGGGCACAGGGAUGAGGCAGUGGCACUGCCAGGGUGUGUCCUGGCACAGGGAUGAGGCGGUGGCACUGCCAGGCUGUGUUCUGGGCACAGGGAUAAGGCGGUGGCACUGCCAGGGUGUGUCCUGGCACAGGGAUGAGGCGGUGGCACUGCCAGGUCACAGGGAUGAGGCGGUGGCACUGCCAGGGUGUGUCCUGGGCACGGCUCCGGGGCAGGGCAGCCCCAGUCCCCCCUCCUGCCCCAGUGAAUGCUGCCCCUGUCCCACGGAUCCCUGCAGGAUUCCAGAGGGAUCAGGGGAGGGCAGCUGGGGCCCAGCAACACUAAAGCAGCCAGCGAACACUAAGGCAGCCCUGCAGGGGCUCGGAGCCAGCCCUGCCCACCCUGGAGGGACACGGGGAUGUCCCCAGCCCAGCCCGGGCUGGCUCUGCUGUGGCUCCUCCGCCCGGGGCUCUGCACGUUCCCCCUUCCCGGGCAUCCCUCCUGUGGCUGGAGCUCACCUGGCCCUCAGGUGCCCUCCCUGCGCCCCUGCCCUGCCCAAAGCCGCCCUCCCUGGGGGCAGCGCACCCCUGUGCCCCCGGAGUGCUGGGAAAAGGGGUGGCUCAUCUCGGUGUCACUUCUGCCACCCCUCAGCUGUCCCUUUCCUGGCCAGCAGCUCGGGAUGGGCUCACAGAGCUGCAGAGCUCCUUGGGCUCCACGGUUCUCCUGGCUACAAAAAUGGAUUCUGCCCCUCCUGGGGCUGGGAUGGGCCCAGCCCCGCUCUGAGCCCGGCUCUGAGCCCAGCUCUGAGCCCAGCUCUGAGCCCAGCUCUGAGCUCUGCUCUGUGAGCCCAGCUCUGAGCCCAGCUCUGAGCCCCGCUCUGAGCCCAACUCUGCUCAGGGCCGUGCUGCAGCGCCCCGGCCCCGUGCUCCCCUCUCCUGAGCCCGUUCCUCUGUAAGGACUCGGUCCGUGCAUGUCUGACCCCCCCCAGCAGUGACCCCGGCCCGGGGGGCACAGGGCAGCCCCCCCAGCUCCCAGCAGGGCAGGGAGCCCCAGGGGCCGGAGUCCCCCUGUCCCCUCCCCUGUCCCCUCCCCGGUGGGACCAGGGUCACGCCCCGGGGACAUUCAGGUGGAUUGAAACGCGUUCUGUCAGCUGGGACAACUCGCUCCAUCUUUGGUUUUUGUUUUUUUGGUUUUUUGUAAUGGUUUCUCCUGGUUUUUAGGGGAAAAAUAAUGAUGACCCACAAUUCUUGACUUGUAUCUCUGAAGGAAAGUAUUAAAUGUUUUCUUCUUUCUAA